AUGCCUGUUGAGGAAAUUUUCAAUUUUUUUAUCGAACGUCACAUUGUGCUUAAAGAAGAUUGGCUCAAUGCCGCAAUAACAUCCCUGAAGGGUUCUGGAAUAAAUUCGAAAUUUUGUGAAGCCGUAUAUGAACAAUGGCUAUAUUCCGACCUUUCGGAAUCUACAUAUCCUAUAUUUGAUCAAGUUGGAAUUUCAAAUGACUCGAGAAAAAAUGUUAUCACAACGCCCUUCGUAGCACAGGUCACAUCUAUUGUAGAUGUGGGCUCUUCACUCUAUUCGCAAUUCAAGACAUUGACAUACGAAUUUGUUGAUAAUUCAGGGUUUGAUGCACUACCCGAACAGGAAAACCCUAAUGAGUUCGCGGUAAGUAUACCGUUCACUAUUUUCUACCUCAGUUUGUUUUCGAAACCCAAACGAAUGCUUUCAAUUACUAUCAGUGAUGGAGCAUAUAAUGCUCGUGCCAUUGAACACUUCGCAAUUCCUCAAAUUAAUUUGUUGUUGACGCCAGGAUGUAAGGUCCUGUUCUUACCUAGCAUAAUCUCACGUAAAGGAAUUUUAAUGUUGAAAGCUUCGAAUAUACAAAUAUUAGGAGGUGAUGUUGAACAUCUCAUGAAAGCUGGGAGACCACUGGAAGUGAUGACAUCCUUAUUAGGGAUCGCUUCACCAGUGCAAGAAACAAAGGAGUUAGAGACUGAAGCAAGUAUGAACAUUGUCGAGUUGAAUGUGAAAUCAGUUAAUCGCGAACUGAAUAGGACACUGCUUCAGCCAUCACCUAGUUCGAGCAACCAGUACUUACAGGAUGACGAUUUUGACUGUGCGAAAGAUCCUUCUCCUCCCUCAGAUGAUUAUAAUUUCCAAGUAACAGGAAUAGUGGAAUCUGAUGAUGAUAGUUCUGUUCCUGCCUUAUUCAAACGGAAGAGCACUGUUGUUGAAGAACAACGAAAUUCACAAACAUUGGUGUCUCUCUUUAGUAUGGCACGCCCAAAAACAAAGCGGAAAAGUGCAAUAGUUGAGGUCAAACCAAAUCCGGUUACUCCCAAACAAUCCCAAACGUUCAAGGGAUGUUUGAGUACUGCCGUAGCUAAACCGAACCCGGUCAUAAGGCUUGAAGAUUCUCCUCCUAAUUUCGAUGCGGAAUGUCCGGACUACACUCCAAGUGGACCUGAUUACACUACAAAUAGUAGAAUAACAAGAAAGCGUUCUUUUGUCUUGAGCAAAUGCUUAGAUUCAUCUUCUACCCAAGCCUCGCACGAUACUUCUCUCGAUCCAUGGACACCACCCAAGCCCAUAGGCACACAAAAGCCAGAACUUGAAAAACUCAAAACAAAAAAUCAUACUAACAAUUACGAAUCAUUCGUAUCAAAUUCACAGAACGUCAUCACUAUACCUGAACGGAUUACUCCGAAGUCUCCUCCUCCGAAAAAGGUAGCGAGUUCUAAUAAUAUUCAGAGAACUGUUAAGCUCGAGAUAAUAGAUCUAUCGGAUGAUGAAGUGGUGACCCCUUCUCCGGCUCUAUCAGCUCCGACGGACUCACCAGCUCAACCGGUUCCUGCUGUUGAAUCAAAUGGUUACAUCGAUCAGUUGUGUAAAAGCCCUAUGAACUCGGUUUAUUGUGAUCGAUUUGACAAAUUGAAGAUCAUGAAAAUUGUCCAAGCCUCACGACAGAGCCGAUUUGUCGUUGGGUCAAUCAGAUGCAAAAUCCAGGCGGUUGUAGUAGAGAUUAAGGAGGCCUUAAGAAUCGUAGAUAACGUGUGGACUCAGAAAGUGUUGCUAAUGGAUGAGAGCUCCACCAUAUCUUGCUACAUAGACAAUGAAACUCUAGUAAGCCUAAUAGGAUGGACAACGGAGCAAGCAAUGGAAAUAAAAAGAUCGUCAGAUAGUGUGAGAAGAAAGGAAGGGUCUCGUAGAUUAGCGGCCGUAUCUACCCAAAUGCAACGCUUGGAUUUGCUUUUUGACGUUGAAUUUUAUAGCGAAGGCUUGGCAGAUGCCGUUGUUCGUUCAAUACAGACUCUUCCUCAAGCUUUAGAACUUCUUUCCUAA